AAGCCGGUACGCGUUGGGAGAAUGGUUGUGUCUGUGUUACAAACAUAGCAAUUAAAACAAGAACAACAACACGGAGAGAAUGAAGUCGGCGAAAGAAAAGAAAAGAAAGCGCUCUCGCCGAGAGUUGGUUGAUGGAGACAGAAAAAGGAGAAGCACUGAAUGCAGUGUUAGGGAUCCUAAGGAAGAAGUGAAUGAUGUGCAGGAAGUGAAGGAAGAGCCGAGUGACAUCGAGGAAGGUGGCCUGGAUCUCACUGUGCCUUUCAAACCCAUCAGCGCUUACAUGAGCGACAGACAAGAGAUGCUGGAGCAGUGCUUCCAUGUCCUUGGCCAAAACAAGCUGAAGAAGAUGCUGCCAGAUGAGCUGAAGGACUGCACCUUUCCGGAGAUCAAGACACUGUGCUGGGAUCAACUGCAGCAGCUCUCAGAGACCAACCUGCUCCAGAUCCUGGAAGGUAAAGAGCUGACUGCAAGCUCAGAAGCUGAUGAGAACGAGACCAAAAGGACUUCAGUGGACAGUCAGAAUGUAAUAUUUAGGCAAGACAACAAUGUGGACUCCACGUCAUCUGUGAAAGAGACUGCUGAAGGAGAAGACAAGCAAGGCUUGUCUGGAGAAGAGAGUGAUGUUCUGAGCAUUAACGCCGACAUGAAUGACAGUGACAUCGAAGGCCACAAAGAUCCCAAAUCCAAAGAACAGGAAGUCCCGGUUCCCACAGUGACACCCCCUCAGUCCUCUGUCCCGCCUCCUGAACCGGACCUCCAAUCAGAUGAGCCGAAGCUGGAGAUUCAGCGUGACAUUGACAAGAGCGUCAGUGAGAUCCUUGAUUUGACCAAUUCUAGUAGUGACAAGGCAGAGCUGAAGCUGCAUUUGCAGCCGAUUGCUAUGGAAGCAGCUCCUGCAUCACUUCCUAUUCCUGCUGCAGCUCCAUCAGCACAGCAGCUGGCACUUCUGGAGUUAGAGAUGAGAGCGAGAGCCAUCAAAGCUCUCAUGAAGGCCAACGAGAUGAAGAAAUAAACUCUGCUGGCUCGAAGCAGAGCAACUUGGUUCUGAGGUCAUAUUGGCUUCUAUAAUUUUGUCCAAGGAACAUGUGCAGCCAUAUUGGCUUUUUGUGUUUUUGUUUUUCGGACCACAGUCUUAUUUUAGAGAUCGGACUCUUUCAGUCAAGUGACGUGGCUAACACCAUGACCCCUUUCAAAUAAAUGAAAAUACUGUUCAUUAA